UCACAGCUGAUCCGGAGGUUCCCCCCCCUUAAAUUGUUUUUUGCAGAGAACAGCUUUGCAGAGAUUCACAGAUGGACCUCUCUCUUGUUUUCUUUCCCCCGUUCUUGAUAUUUUUUAAACCUAGCGCAUUUUUUUUAAAACUAGACCCCAUAUUUUCUUCAGCCUAGUAUCGGAUUUAAACCCCUGCGCAGCUUCAUUAUGACACUUCUUUUCAGAAUAAACUGCUUUUAUCGCACAUUUUCACCCGAAUGCCCUCGUCUUUUUGUCAUCCGCGGUGAAUUUAGCCCGGGUCUGACCCAGUUGUAGUGUUUUGUCGCCUUCACAGCAUCCCAUGUGUUAGUGCGAGCGGCCGGUGGAGAUGUUUUCUGCAGGAGAGGAGGUCGAGUCCCACUUGUUUACCUCACUGAAGGAGUCCCCUGGAGCUGCAAUCACCCCGACACUGGAGCUCAGUCUGACUGCCGUCUACACCGUCCUGUACUCCUUCCUGUUUGUCUUCGUUUACCUGCAGCUCUGGCUCAUUUUGCACUACGGACACAAGCGCUUCAGCUACCAGAGUGUGUUUUUGUUUCUGUGCUUGCUGUGGGCCGCGCUGAGGACGACCCUCUUCUCCUUCUACUUUAAAAAUGUGGUGCAGGCCAACCGGCUGCAGCCUCUGGCCUACUGGCUGCUCUACUGCUGCCCCGUCUGCCUGCAGUUCUUCACACUCUGCCUCCUCAAUCUCUACUUCACACAGGUGAUGUUCAAGGCUAAAGCCAAGUAUUCCCCAGAGCUCACCAAAUACAAGGUUCCUCUGUGUUUGUUCUUCCUGUGUCUCGGUGUGUUUUUCCUGGUGGUGAAUCUGACGUGUGCGUUGUUGGUGCAGGGAGCUCUGGAGCGCUCCGAAUCUCCGAGUGACGGGGACGUCCGACACACGGUCCUGGCCCGGGUCUUGAUCAACGACAGCCUGUUUGUGCUGUGCGCUGUCUUUCUGGCCGUCUGCGUCUUCAAGAUCGCCAAGAUGUCCUCUGCCAACGUUUACCUCGAGUCCAAGGGUACAUCGGUGUGCCAAGCUACAGCCAUAGGAUCCAUGGUGAUCCUGCUCUACACAUCCAGAGCCUGUUACAACCUGGUGGCAGUGGCCCUGUCCCCACAGGACAGACCCAGUCCCUUCAACUACGGCUGGUACAGCUUCUCUGAUCAGGCCGAUGUGCAGGAGAUCAGCGGCGAAGCCUACGUCGCGUUUGGGAUCAUUCUGUUCUUCUGGGAGCUGCUACCUACAAGUUUAGUGGUGGUUUUCUUCCGAGUCCAAAGACCCAACCAAAACCUGGCUCCAGGAGGGAUGAUCAACAGCCACAGUUUCAGCUCCAGAGCGUAUUUCUUUGACAACCCUCGGCGGUACGACAGUGAUGACGACCUGUCCAGAAGCAUUAAUAGUAGGACGGAUCGGGCCAGCCUCCUCUCCACCACUCCCCAGUUGGGUACGUCCAGUUGGUACGGCUCCAUCCAACGCAACGGGACUCUGGCGGCGGGCGCUGCUCCCACCCAGCAACCGCCGCCUUCCACGGCCCCGCUGCUCUUUGCCUACGGAAACAUCCAAAGUCACCACCACCAACACCACAACUACUACUCCACCCCCCAGAACAACAAUAACCAAAAUCAUCAUCAUCAUCAUCACAGUAACUACUAUUCCACGCCACAGAAUUAUUAUGGCGGGUCGCAAACGUAUUUCUGCACCCCACAGAAUUGAGCAGGGUCCAUCCGUAAAGAUUGAAAAAAAACCUGACUAAUAACUAACAACGUCCUGCCUUUUUUCGUCGCCAAUUUGCUUCCCCAGAUACAUCAAAGCAGGUACUUUUUAGGGAUAUUCUGAGACAUUGCUCCAAACCAGGUUGGUUCGCCAAAUUAUUCCAGAGAACUGUGCUUGCAUCAGUAACUACAGACACCGCUGUCUUUAAAUGGCAUGUAUGGACCAGAACGAAAGCAAGCGCAGGCCAUGGACCAGAGUUUUAGCACUAAUGUGGCUAAUACACCUAAAACCGCAAAGACCAAACUAUUUAUGUUGAAACAUUCUGGUCUGUUAUCAUUUCUAAGACUGGAAUCAUCAGGGAUCAGAUAAUUAUCCUAUUCUUGUAAAAGUCAUCCAAUUGUGCUUCUAUGGAUUGUACCAUUCUGCUCAGAUGGGGGCCAUGUAGCGGGCUAGCCAACGUGGCUAAUGCUGAAGCUGCCAUGGUUUGUCAGUCAACAGGUCUGGACACAAAGACGUUCUAUUCGCUCGGCAUUUGUCCAACUGUUAUAUUGGUUGUCAAAAAAGGGUUGUGUGACUGUUUUUAAUGGCCACGCAUUCAUACAAUGGUGGUUAUUUUGGCGGGAAAAGAACGGCGAAGGAAGCUGGCGCUUUAUCUCUGAUUUGCCUUUAGCUGUUGUAGCAGUGAGAGCUAGCUUAUCAGUUAGCUUAAACUCAUAAUCUGUGUCAACCAACAAAAUUCUCAGAGACCUAGCAAAACUAAAAAUAUAAAAAGCUAACCGAACUUCCAUCCUUCAGAACUUUAUUAUUGCUUUCAAUGAUUUCUAUUUGGAGCCAUAGGAAAGCUGUACAAACGACGUUAGCAAGCUUGAGACUUUAGCCUGCCUACUCGGUACAGGAUUCGCGUUUUGUUUGAUACGUAAAAUAAGUUUAUCGCGGUUUUAAUAACUGUCAUCAAAAUACGGGGCAGUUUAUUUCAGCGUUCACAAGUAUCAUCCAUGUAGACUGCUUACAGCCGCAGAAUAUACGUGAAACUUCGAUGUAGCCGCCAUAUGCGUGUACUUUGUCAAUCUCAAUAGCACAAGGUCAAUGUGUAAGUGUGUGAAAAAUGUAACUUCUAAUAAUGCAUUUUUAUAUGGGGGAAGAGUGUCAACAGAUGACUUUAGCGACUGACUCAGGCUUUAACAAAAUCUGCUCAUGCCACUGCUGUCGGAUUAUAUUGAACUGCAGCCAAAUCCAGGUUUACUUCCCCAUAAUUAUACAAUGGAAACUAUGUGAAGACAGGGAGUGCCAUACAAGUCAAGUUGCUGAAUGUUUGGGAUUAAAAACAUAUCAUUGAUUUUUACUGGGUUACUCGGUAUCAUUUGGACACCAGAUCAAAGUAGUAAAAUAUAGCCUUCAUUCCACAUUGAAGUAGAAAUCAACCCUGGGAUUGUUCAUUAACAGGGUGGAAAUGUUGCUGAAAACAGACGCUUGACCAAAAACCUGUCACGUGAUUUGAUCCUUUGUGGGUUGUGAGGCAAAACUUUGCACUUAGAAGACGUUCACCUUCAGAGAAAAAGGCUUCGGCCUGAAUGUAGGAUUUUCGUCUCCUACUUGUUUUCUGAAUCUUCUUCAAUCAUCGUCUGUGUUCAAUAUUUUACUAUUUAUCCUCUGAGAAAGGAAAUAUUGAUGUGCCAUCACAUUUUGUCAUAUCUUAGUUUCAUUCCUUAAAGAAAAUAUUUUUGCACAAGAAACGGCUGGUGUUUUUUUAAGUGUUUGUGCGUCAACUUAAUCGAUUCCUAAUCCAGGUGUGUUUGAGUCUGUAUGUGUGUGUGGGACCUUGAAUUCUAGGUUUUCGAGUUUGCUUUUAUACAUUUUUAUUUUACAGAUUUUAUUCAGUUUUUUUUUUUUCUCCUAUUGUUCUUUAUUUUCUGAAUCUCACGACAGACUGCAGCCUGUAAGCAUAUUUCACUUGACCCAAAUCAGUGUACCCAUCUGUGCUGAGCUGGCUAAAUGAAAAAUUGCUACCCAACACCGCGCGGUACGUAAACCAACUUCAGCUGUCAUGUAACUCAAUCUGUAAAUGACCAUGUAAACUCUAACUUCACACAAGAAAACAAAUAAAACAAAAAAAAGCAUUACACGUAUCAACAAGUGUCACCGGACGCUGAAAUACAACCAUGGAACUGAAGCUUUGUUUCCAAGUUGAUAUCAUUUCUAUAACAACGUUGCUUUAUCAGCUAUACAAUGGCAAAUGUUUUAUGAAUUGUUUUAUGUUAUGGAUUGGUUUAUCCUUGGUCAUACUGAAUGUAACCUAUUGUGCGACAGAUCACGAACUAUGUAUGCAAGAAAAGCACUACCAUGUUUAAAUAAAGGCCUACUGCACUGUUUUUAAGA